AUGGUUGAAGAAGCAUUGUCUAGCUUUAGUUUAUAUAUUGAUGAUGAAAAUAAAAUUCGUUUGAUCGAUUCAGAAAGAGUAGCUGAUUCGGCUGAAUUACGUGAUGAAUGCAAAGAUUUUAUUGGCAAUGUGCUCGAGUCCAAAAAAAUUGUCGAAAUAUUAAUUGAAAAAACCGAGUUGUACUCAAAACAAGUAGAAACAGCAAGGCUUAAAGCGAUCGGAGUCAAGAAUAUGUUAAAAUCAGCAUCUAAAUAUUGA